AUGGCAGACAUCCAUGGCACUGGCAAGCAAGGCAGGACAGGGCAGGAAAAGCAGAAACCGACCUGCGUCAUCGAAUACAACGCCCUGAUGGGGGGCGUUGACAAGAGCCACCAACUAGCGGCAAAUCAUCGAGCUACUCGCAAGUCCCUCAAGUGGUACAAGAAGCUCUUCUUCUACCUGCUCGACUUGAUGCUGGUGAACAGCUACGCCGUGUACCUGGCCGUUGGUCACCGCCUCCCCUUCCUCGACUACCGCUUGAGUCUUGUCCGUGAGCUACUGUUCGACAAGCCCUUGCCCGAGUACCGCCCUCAGUACGAUACUCCACCAGUCACCAACUCCCGCUUUGACGGCCGACACUUCCCUGUGGACUUUGAGAGGACCAGCUACGGCAACUUCCGCUACCGGCGGUGUGUCUUCUGUGCCUCCAAUGGUCUGCGACAGAAGACACACUUUGAGCGCAACACGUGCCAUCAGCCCCUCUGCGUCGCCCCCUGCUUCAAGGUACUCCUGUCCACUAAUUGA